UAAAAAUAAAGUAGGAACAAAACGUAAAAUCAUUCUAGGCUCAGUGAUCCAACCGGUUUCAAACAGAGAAGUAACAGUUAUGUAAUUAAAUCCCUCUUGCAGUAACACCGAGAGCUAUGAUAUAAAGAUAUAAAACAAUAAUAUCGAAGUGCCCGUCACACGUGGACGAUAACAAUAUGUCAGGAAUAUUUGAAACACUCUGCGGCCUCACUAUAAUAAUUCUUCUUCUCUAUUAUUAUCUGAUCUCGACGUUCUAUUACUGGAAGGUUCGUGGUGUUAAAGGACCUCGACCUAUUCCUCUGUUCGGCAAUCUCAUGGAUAUCUUAUUUGAUAAAACGAAUCUGUCAGACUAUUUGGUACAUCUUUAUAAUUCCUACAAGGACGAAUCAUACGUCGGUAUUUUCUUUGGAAGUAGACCGAUACUCUUAAUAAAAGAUCCGCAAUUAAUAAAGGAUAUCUUAAUCAAAGACUUUUCCUGUUUCCCUCAACGAGGCACAACCGUAACCAAAAAGAUAGAUCCAUUGACGGAAAAUCUAAUCUUUAUCGAAGCAUUGAGAUGGAAACCGUUAAGGAAUAAAUUGACGCCUGCAUUUUCUUCCGCUAAACUAAAGGAAAUGUUCCCAUUGAUAAUAAUCUGCUCAGAUCAUUUAGAGCAAUAUAUUAAUAAUCUACCUAAUAACGUUAUUCUUAAUGUGGGUGAAUUAACCACUAAAUACACUAUAGACAUAGUAGGUAAUUGUGCAUUUGGAAUCGAAAUGAAUGCACUUAAGAUCAAUGAAGAAAAUGAAUUUAUAAAAAUGGGGAAAGAUAUAUUCAGUAUUAAUAUAAUGCCAAUACUAAAAUACCGUCUGCAAACACAUUUUCCGGAGAUUUACAAUCAUCUCGGCUUUCUAUUCAGAAAUACUCGUCAAAAUUCUUUCUUUUCCGAUAUCGUUAAGCAAACAAUGGAAUACAGAAUAAAAAACAACAUCGUUAGACACGAUUUCAUAAAUAUUUUGAUGGAAAUGAAAAGCAAUCCGGAAAAGCUUGGCGAAGAGAUCGAACUAACGGACAGCUUAUGCGCAGCCCAAGCUUUCGUGUUCUUUGCAGCUGGUUUCGAAACAUCUUCCUCGACUAUAUUAUAUAUUCUUUACGAAUUAGCUCAAAAUCAUAAAAUACAAGACAAACUUCGUAAAGAGAUCAAUGAAGAAUAUGAAAAACAUAAUGGUAUCUUAAAGUUCGAAUCUAUAAGAACGCUGAAAUAUUUACAGGCGGUAAUCAAAGAAACACUAAGGAAACAUCCACCAAUAACGAAUUUAUCCAGAGAUUGCAUGGUACCUUCUUACACAUUCAGAGGUACUAAUCUUACUGUACAGAAGCAUCAAAGAAUAUUUAUAUCUAUAAUCGGAUUACACCACGAUCCAAACAUUUAUCCAAAUCCAGAUGUUUUUGAUCCUGAACGAUUUUUAACCGAAAAUAAUACAAUUAACGAUGGAACGUAUCUACCUUUUGGUAGAGGACCUCGUAACUGUAUUGGAGAAAAAUUUGCAGAGUUGCAAGUGAUAAGUGGAGUGGCAACAUUCUUACGAAAUUGUAAAGUCGACGUCUGUGAAAAAACAGAAAUUCCAUUUAAGAGCAGUAGGUCAGACUUCUUGUUAAUAUCAAAGAACGGAAUCUACUUAAAAAUCAGUAAAAUUAACAAAGAAUAGCUGAAUUGCUUUGUUAUAAAAUAUAUUCAAUACUUAAUUCCAUUGUUGAUCGUAUAUUUUUGUCAUUUAAAUAUAAAUCUAGUAAUAUAUAUUAUAAAUAAAUAU